AUGGAUUUACUACAGAAGGAGCACGAGCGGGUCUGGAAGCGCAUGAAAGCUGCCAAGAGCAUCAACGACGUCCAAGCUACAAUCGACUUGCUACAGGAAGCCCGGGGUGCCAUCGCUGCUGACCCGACCAAGGCUUCGAUUACCCUUGCAAAACUACAGAACCCAGUUAAAGCAUCAUUUGAUGCGGCCAACGACAGUCUCAAAGAGACCCAUAGCGGUCUUAACAAAUAUACAAAGGCACUAGACAAGCUGUUCAAAGAUCGUCCCCUCCCUAGUACCGAAUAUGACGCCCUCUCAUCUUCCCCGAGUCUUGUCAACCGAGCGAUAGCGAUGCAUCUGUUGCGGGAAGGCCAGUUUUCAGUAGCAAGCACGUUUCUAGACGAAGUCAAUCAGGCGAAGGCUCCCGCCCAGCCCGAAUACGACGGAGCAGGCGCUUCAACGAGCAACGACGAUAACUCACACCUGCUCCUAGACCAGAUACAAUCCGGUAGAAUCCGGGAAGAAUUCACCACCAUGUAUCAUAUUCUGUAUGAGCUUCGGGAGCGAGCCAAUCUUUUGCCGGCAAUUGAAUGGGCGAGAGAACAUCGAACACUACUAGAGGCACGUGGAAGCAAUCUCGAGUUUGAACUCUGUCGCCUUCAGUUUCUCUGGCUAUUUCACGGUGGAAUGGAUCCUCACUCUUCGAACUCCGUCGGUCGACAAGCUGCCUUGGAAUAUGCGAGGAUGGAGUUCUCGAGCUUCACGCCACGGUACUUGAAGGAGAUUCAGCAACUUAUAGGGGCUAUGGCUUUCUGGCCAAAUCUCGAUCAAUCUCCAUAUCGACAUAUAUUCAAUAACCCGACUGCCUGGUCGGAAGUCGCUCAAUCUUUCACACGAGAGUUCUGCUCCUUGCUAGGGCUGUCGGCAGAUUCGCCUCUGUAUAUAGCCGCGACGGCCGGUGCCAUCGCUCUCCCAACUCUACAGAAACUGCAAACCAUCAUGAAGGCAAAGAGGACGGAAUGGACAACACAGGAUGAGCUUCCGGUCGAAAUACCCCUACCUCGAUCAUAUCUCUUCCAUUCCAUAUUCGUGUGUCCCGUCUCCAAGGAGCAGACUACAGACCAAAAUCCUCCAAUGAUGAUGCCAUGCGGCCAUGUCAUUGCCCAGGAGUCGCUUCAACGAAUCAGCAAGGGGAACAAAUUCAAGUGCCCCUACUGUCCGAGCGAGAGUCACCCCAAGAAUGCGCGGAAAGUUAUAUUCUAG